GAUCUGAAUCAGCGAAUUAAUAGAUCAUUGGAAACUGUGGAGAUGCCUUGGAAGUGGGGAAAAAUAAGUGACCUUGACCUAGAGAUGGAGGUCAAACGUUGCUACCAGUCACUACUUGAAGCACAGGAAACCAAUGACAACUGCGCUCGGACUCAUGAGAACGUCGGACGAGUGAUGGAAGGAAAGGUCGAUCAGGAGAGCUCCUUUCCUGGAAGAUGGCCCUUUUCGAAACCCAGGGAAAUUUAUACUGACAAUGAGAAAAUGGAGGAAAAAUAUUAUGUUGGCUUCGAGUUACCUAAAUUUGAAAAAUCUCUUAGCGUUUCAUCGCCAUAUCCAAGAACCACCUUUAUGAAAUCCAAGUUUUUAGUUCCUAAGACAGUCACAGCUCCAUCGUACGACGAAGUUGAAACACCAUACGCCAGAAGAUCGAUACACAUUGGAGACUUGGACAGUGACACUUCAUAUAUCCUCCCUUCUGUAAAACUGGAGGAGGAAAAAUCAUUCUCAAGUAGUAUCUCCACAAUCUCGGAAACCACACUAACAGAUAAAUUACUAAGACAUGGAGAGGACGUGAAUUUUGCCGACAUUGAGGGCAAGACGGAACUUCAUCAUGCCGCCAAGCGUGGACAGAUCCUUACGGUGCAGCAACUUAUAAAAGAUGGCGCCAUGGUUAACGCAGUGGACGAAUCCGGGAAGUCUCCUCUACUUUACGCGGUGGAAAACGGCUUCACGGCGGUGGCCAAGGAAUUAAUCGAUCACGGAGCUUAUGUCAACCAGAAAGAUCAAGACAGAGAAACACCACUGAAGCUCGCAACCGUAAGCGGAAAGAAGUACUUGGUGAGUGUCCUUUUAAAGCUCCGUGCUUCGGUUUACAUUCUUGAUAAAGAUAUGAAAGCGGCACUUCACUAUGCAGUAGAGAAGAAUUUCCCGGAUAUUGUGGAGCUGUUGGUUGAAUACGGGGCACCUGUCAAUCAAAGUGACGGAAAGCAACGGAAGCCUUUGCAUUAUGCCGCAGAGAAAGGUUAUAUAUCUAUUGUAGAACUACUACUAUUGAAGGGCGCUUCCAUCGACAGCAUGGACCGAGAAUUACGAACUCCAUUAUUCCUUGCCGUAGAAAAGGGACUUGAAAUUAUGUCAAAUAUCCUGAUAUCUAAAGGUGCCUGCGUGAAUGCUGCAAACCGGCGCCGCCAGACCCCGCUACAUAUUGCCGCCGGAAGCGGAUUCAUCAGCAUUGCUCUGGAACUCAUCACAAACCGAGCCGGGGUCAAUAAUCAGGAUGACCUAGGACGGACACCUGUUUUUUACGCCGUCCAAAAUCGAGACGUCAGUAUGCUAAAUGCCCUAAUACGGCACGGUGUCGAGAUGGAUAACUGCGAUACGGUGGGAAAAAGUCUCUUGCGAUACGCCAUUGAAACUCAUAGUGAAGCCCUCAUCUACAUAGUAGCCAAAGCGGAAAUGGAUCAGUGUAGUCUUAAGCGCCAUGUUUAUCAUCGUCAGCUAUUGACUGCUAUAGAAGAGGAGUGCGACUUUUUGGGGAAGACGGUAUGGAACUACGUCAUCGAUCAAUGCACUCGUCACUCUGCUGACGAAGUGGAAAACCGGCAGAUGACGGCCACAGUUAAUGUUCUCCUCGAGGCCACUUGUACUGCUUUCUCUCGCGCAAAUAAACACAUAAUUUUGAAAGCAGAACCACAUCUUAGAAAUGAUAAGGCUGAUAGUCCGUAUAUAGUUGCACACGUGAUCACACUGCCGUCAAAAAGACCACUGACAUUUAUGGGAUUGUCGAUUGUGUACAAAGUUUCGGAUUUAAGGGAAACCUCUCUCUCAAGUUCCUUUAGCAAACCAAAGUAAAAUGGGAACCGAUGAAGGAAGUCUACAUCAAUCUAGAAUCAUCAAAGAAAUUCAGAUAACGAUGUUUAUUUUGGUUUGUCGUUUU